AUGUCACUGGGACAAUACAACAGUCCCUAUUCUCACCCUUUCACUCCACCAUUUUCUGAUUCACCCUCCAUCUCCAUACCCACCGUGAAAAGCAUGCAUCUUUGGUGCCACUGCGACAAACCCACUUCAGAUUCUCCUCUGAAACCCACGGAGGGUGUUGUUGGCGGUAUGAUUUCUUCUGGGAUCAACUUGGUGAUGACUGUGAUUGGGUUUGCGGUGAGCACCAUGUUCAUUGUUUUCGUCUGCACCAGGCUCAUAUGUGCUCGAAUUCACUUAAAUGCUGCAAGGAGAUCCUUUCCUAUUGUCUCCAGAUCCAAUCUCAGCAUGAUGGAGCGGGGUUGCCAUGGUCUUGAACGUGUAACUGUAGCCCAAUUUCCAACAAAGAUGUACAGUGACAAGUUUUUUGCUGCAGCAGAAAAUUCUCAAUGCACAGUCUGCCUCUCAGAAUACCAAGGGGAGGAUAUGUUGCGUAUCCUUCCUUAUUGUGGACACUCUUUCCAUGUGACCUGCAUAGACCUAUGGCUGCAGCAGAACUCCACAUGUCCUGUUUGUCGAAUAUCGUUGCGCGAAUUCCCAGACAGAAAGCGGUUAAUGCAGCCCAUGUUCAGCUCUGCUUUGCAACCUCACUAUGGCAUAGAAUCCUUUGACACACAUCAUUAUCACUGUAUGAUGGCUGAUAAUGGACUAUCAUCAACAACCCCACACAACCAUGGGUUGAAUCCUGUAGAAGAAGAUCACUUUCCUUCUGAGGGUGGUGGAGCAGUUUCUGUGGACAAUAUCACCUGUUUAAGUGAGGGUAACUUCACAAAAGAUGAAGGGAAGAAGCAUGUAGAGAGUCCAUCAAACUUCCAGAAUUGA